AUGGUUUAUUACCUCCUUGCCAACAAAGGUCCAGAGCGAUGUGGUACUACGGACCAUGAAGUCUGGGAUACAUCUUCCGAGGGAGAAAUGAAUACAAUGAUAAUUAAAUUUGACAGUUUUGUGGGAAGUGAUAAGGCGACCGCAAAGGGAUUCAAUAUAACAUUAGAAUCAAUUGGAACAGGUCGGUUAAAAGGUCCAACUAAAUAUUAUACAUAUAGUGGAAUAACGGGCGUGACUGGUCCUGGUGGUGCAAAAGAGGGAUUUGUAUAUUUUUAUACAAGGACUUAUCCAGUAAGGAGACCGGGUGAUGAUGCAGUUAUGUUUACUGAUGUAUCUUUUCCAAAGGUCGAGCGAUGUUUGUCUUUCUGGUACCACAUGCGCAGUUAUUAUGCAGUACAUAUGGGGACACUAAAGAUUACUAUGACAGAUGGUACUGGAGAAGAAACGUUAUUGUUUACCAAAUCGGGUAAUCAGGGCAAAGAAUGGAUACAAGCAAAAAUAGACAUACCAGCUGUAGAUAAUUUGAAGCUUACAAUUAACGGAACCUCAGGGCCUGGUUGGAUGUCAGAUAUGGCUAUAGAUGGUAUAUAUUUGGUUCCUGGUACCUGUGAGAGUCCUCUGUCAACACCCGCUCCAACUACAUCAACAACAACAUCUACUCCGACCACUACAACUACUCCAACCACAACAACUACUCCGACCACAACAACUACUCCUACCACAACAACUACUCCUACCACAACAACUACUCCUACCACAACAACAACCCCGACCACAACAACUACUCCGACCACCACCACAACUCCGACCACAAAAACCACUCCGACCACAACAACUACUCCGACCACAACAACCAUUCCGAGCACAACAACCAUUCCGACCACAACAACUACUGAGACCACAACAACUUCUCCUACCACAACAACUACUCCGACCACAACGAUCACUCCGACUACAACAACUACUCCUACCACAACAACUACUCCGACAACAACUACUCCGACCAAAACAACCACUACGACCACAACAACUACUCCGACCACAACAACUACUCCGACCACAACAACUACUCCGACCACAACAACCACUGCGACCACAACUACUCCGACCACAACAACUUCUCCGACCAGAACAACCACUCCGACCACAACAACCACCCCGACCACAACAACUACUCCGACCACAACAACUACUCCGACCACAACAACUACUCCGACCACAACAACCACUCCGACCACAACUACUCCGACCACAACAACUUCUCCGACCACAACAACUACUCCGACUACAACAACUACUCCGACCACUACAACCACGCCAACCACAACAACCACUCCUACAACAUCUACUCCGACCACAACAACAACUCCGACCACAACAACUAUUCCGACCACAACAACUAUUCCGACCACAACAACUACUCCAACCACAACAACUACUCCGACCACAACAACCACUCCGACAACAACUACUCCGACCACAACAACCACUCCGACUACAACAACUACUCCGACCACUACAACCACGCCAACCACAACAACCACUCCUACAACAACUACUCCGACCACAACAACAACUACGACCACAACAACUACUCCGACCACAACAACUUUUCCGACCACAACAACUACUCCAACCACAACAACUACUCCGACCAUAACAACCACUCCGACAACAACUACUCCGACCACAACAACUACUCCAACCACAACAACUACUCCGACCAUAACAACCACUCCGACAACAACUACUCCGACCACUACAACUACCCUGACCACAACGACAACAGUGUCUACAACAAACAUAGUUAUUGAAUGUGGAUUUGAACAAGGACAAACAUGUGCAUUCGAAAAUACUAAUGGCGACGACUUUGACUGGACUAUAGAUCAAUCAGGAUUAAAUGAUAAUUUUGCCAUAACACAAACGGCUAAUGAUAUUCUUGUCCAACUUGAUAUAAAAAGUUAUAAGAAUUCUACAUAA